CGGGUUUCGACCCUGCAGCCGCGACAGACGGUCCUAACCGCAGCUCCGAGAGUUCUUCCAUCCGAGAAGACGAGGAAAGAUUUGCGGCCCUCGCCUCCCUCCCCACCCCCCGGCGACUUCUCCCUUUGCUUCCAACACCCCCGCACCGUCCCGGCAAACUGCUCAAAUUCUGGCUGCAGAGCAGCGAAGCUCGGCAACAGCAGCCCCAGACAGCGCCAAGGAAAGUGCAUCGCGCGCUCUCGCAGGAGUGCUCCAUUGAGAAGAUGGGAUCCAUGUUAAGCGGCGACGGGCGGGAGGCGGCGAGCGGCCCCCAAGGCGGCAGCCUGUUCACUCUACACUGGGGGAGAGCAAGGGAGGAGAAACGGCAGCGGGUCCUUUCUUUUGACUGCUCCAUCUGCUUGGAGGUGCUGCACCAGCCCGUAAGGACGCGAUGUGGCCACGUAUUUUGUCAGUCUUGUAUUGCUACAAGUUUAAGGAAUAACACGUGGACAUGUCCUUAUUGCCGGGGCUAUCUUCCUUCAGAAGGGAUUCCAGCAACUGAUAUUACCAAGAUGAUGAAAGAUAUAUACCAAAACUGUACAGAAUGCGAAACACAGGUGUGCCUCAGUGAGAUGAGAGCUCAUUUGAGGACUUGUGGCCAAUAUAUAGAGAAAUAUGGCCCCUUGCAAGAGGUUGUAUAUCCAGAAACAAGAUAUCCUUGUCCUUUCUGUCAGUACGAACUGGAUGAAAAUGAUCUCCUGGACCAUUUUCUCACUUAUCACAGAUCCGAAAGGAGAGCAGUGGAUAUAAAUAUUGUAGAAGAAGUUCUCAUUGAAAGAGUCCUAGACCGGUCAUUUUUAGAGUAUGUGCAUGUGAAUAAUCCAAAUACUGCAUAAUCCUAUCAAAAGGAUUGGAAGAAAUACCAAAUAGAUUACAUUGUUAAUUAAAAUGUGGGUUAACUUUUUUUAAGACUAUAGUUCAACAUUCUAAAAGCAAAUUAUAUUUAGGUUUGUAAGAAUUCAUAUUUUCUUAUACCGUAUAGGCAUCGUAGAGGUAAUCUUGAUGGGUUCUGACCCAUUGGGGCUAAAUGUACUCAAGGAUCCUUCUUGCAGUGGGCACUGAUAAGAAACAACAGUAGCCCUCUUUCAAAAGAAAAGCUGAAUGGCAUUAUUUCUGAGUUCCUUCCCUGCCAUCAGGAUGUUGCUGCAUCAUGGUUUCCCAGGUGUGCAUAGCCACGAGAGACUGCAACUGAUUUCUACCAGCAUUCAGUCAUUUCAUUUGGAAAACAUUUGUUGUUAAAAUCCUCCGAAUGGAUUUUUAUUUGGGUCCGGCCAGUGUUCCCACAUAAUGACCUGGUUCAGAUGACAUGCUGGCAAGUUGUUUAACCCAGGAAUUGUGUGGACAUACAAACCCAGAAACUCUGGGUUGUUUAUGGGCUAAACAACCCAGAGUUAUCCCAAUAGCAAUCCAUGGGCAAUUGUUUGUACAUCAUGUGGCAUCCCUGGGCUAUUGAUUAAAAAUGGAAACAGCAAAUACACAGCUUGCAUGGUCCACUUCUCCCUGAAAUUCCUGAGUUAAAUAACCAGGAAUUGCCAACGUGAUAUCUGAACUCGGCAACUAUCUAACAAAGGCAAAUAACUGAACAGAUCCUUAGUGAGCAUCAAUUAUAUGAAUUUGUGUGCCAUCAAUUCAUUAUAAAGAUAAGAGAAAUUAAUGCUGAAUAAAGUGCAUUUACAGGACAGUAUUCAAUGCAACAUUGCCGCUAACAUAAAUUACACUGCGCUAACAUAAAUUACAUUGCACUAGCAUAAAUGAUCCCUACCACAAUGCCAAUAGCCUAGAAAAACUCACCUCACCAGCAAGCAUUACUUGUGUUGUGGUAGAGAUUGUUUGCACUAGUACAGUAUAAUUUAUGUUAGUGAUAGUGUUGCAUUGGAUACUGUCCACACUUCUGUUUCUGCUACAGAUGUAAUAUUUACUCAAAAUACAUUUUUGUGUGAUGGUGCUUUAGUGGGUUAUUAAUGUUACAUUUUACAGAUUACCUCUACUGUUACUAUAUAAUUCGAAUCAACUCCCUAAUUUUGAAGAAUAUUAAAGUCUAAGAAAGACUUAUUUUUCAAAUUAGGCAUGAAAAAGAUUUAUAUUCAAGGAACUUUCAAAUUAGCAAUCAAAAUUAAAUGUUAAUUUUGUCUCACAUAAUAUAUUGUUGUUUUAAGAGCUAUAUUACUUGACUUCAUUGAGAAAAAUAUUUGUUCAGAAUAUGAAUUGCUACUGAAUUUGUCUAUAGCAAAAGUUACUAACAGUUUUAAAUAUAUUGACCAAAACUGAAAGCAUCUUGUUACUGCAUUCCAUGAGCAGUCCAGAGUAUUCAUGAUUAUGAAAAUACUGCAAUUCCAAUGGCAGAGAGAAAACAACUAUGUCCUUUUUGAAAAAAAAGUUACCGUAUAUCACUUAUCAGAGAUCAAAAAGAAAAGCUACAACUAUGUUUGAUAGACAGCACUACAUCAUUGUCCUGGUGACUUUAGGAAUAGUAUUAAUGAUAUCAUGUGUACAUUUAUAGCUGCUGGAAUAUCAAGUGCAUAGUAUUAGUAAGGAAAAGCCAUAAUUGAAUCUGUUAAAAUAAUACCCAAAGGGCAACUGCUAAGAUUGAAUGUGUCUUCUCAUCUUGUUCAAUGCUCUACUAAAAGUGUCCAUCUUUGUAGCAAGACAGUAAGACUAAUAUGACUUUUAUAUAUUAUUAUUUAAUACAGAAGCUUUCAGUGAUACAGUUGUCUGUAAAUGUUUGUAAGAAUUUGUGUGCAUUUAUUUGUACACAGAUUUCUGAAAUGGUGAAAAGAGUUCAAAGAAAAUGUAUUCUUAAACUAUCUAUGUGUAAAAUGUUCAUUCUACAAAUUCAUUCACUCAUGGAGGUACAAUUAUUAUGAACUUGCAUAUGACUGUAAAUGUGAUAUAUAUUUUGUCCAUGCUUCUUAAAUAUUACCUUUGCCAUGAAGGAGCUACUUUUCUAUGAAUGGCUCCUGCCUGGCUAAGAUAAUUAUUAAUGGACAAUCCUAUGCAUGUUUAGAUAGAAAAAGAAGUCCUACAGCUCCCAGCAUUCCCCAGCCAGCCAGUUGUAGGACUUUUUUUCUGACUAAGCAUGCAUAGGAUUGCACCCUAAGUGUUCCAGCAAUAAGGAUAGGGGCUGGCCACAUGGAUCCUAAAUACAGAUUCCUCGGGCAAUGCUGAUUCUGUGGGGAAGAUCCACACAGUUGAGUUAUUAAACAUAUAUUGUGAAUCACCGGGGGAUUUUAUUAUAUUCAGCAGUAUAUAAAUGCAACAAAUAAAUAAAAACAUAAACAUUACCUCAGCCUGCACAGGAACUACUCACAGAAAAUCAGCCCCCACAUAGCUUUAGGGUAAUGUCUGACGGACUCCUGGAAUACCCCACUUACUAGAAGUAUCUGAACAGUUCUGUACUUUACAGAGUGUACCCUCAAAUAGUAAAGAUACUUCUAGGUCAGCUAAAUGGCUAGUAUUUGGGACAUGUCUAGUCCACAAAACUCCAGUUGCCAGGGAAAUCUUGAUGGAGGACAUUUUUAAAUCUCUCCAAAGAACAGGGGACAAGAAGUGAAUUCUUGACAUGGUUAAUGUACUUCCAGAUCACUCAGAAUACUGAAAUGUAGUUACAUGCAUAGGUGAAGGCACACUGAUUAUUAGAAAGGCAUGAAAAUGACACAUUUUUGCACUCACAACUCAGAAUAUGGGGUAUGAGGUUUACCUCACAUUAGAGGACAGAAUUCCAGUACCAAACAAGUCAUGCUGAACAUAAGAUGGAAUGUAUGGGUAGGGGAGUGUGUAUAGAUAGAUACUGAGCCAGUCAUUUGUAAGGGAACAUGGCAGAUAAUCAGAUCCUGGCUAAUGUGUCAUAGAGUUGAACCCAAUGGACUGAAGUAAUAGCAGUCCUAUGCUGCAAGGAGGCACAUGAUUAAUUUGACAGUAAUCAUCCCACACAUAUAAUAAAAGGGAAUGCUUUGGAAGACUUGUCAGCCAAUAGCUUACACUAUGCAAUUCACACACAAAAACAUCUAUAGGGCUAAAUCACUGUAGUUGACAAGUUGCAGUAAGUACCACUACUAUACAUGUAAUACUAAAGUAAAAUAUCAGAAUAUAUGAGCAAAAAGUCUGAUCCUAUUUCUGUCAUAUCUUGCCCCUUGUAAUUCCUUUGUGCAAUUCAGCAGUGCCAUGCAAGAGCUUGAGGAGAAGUGACGCUAUCCCUGUAGCACCAAUGGUUGUUACUGUUCCAGGUCCCAAGUGUAAAAUAUGCUUCUGUAUCCUGGACAGGAUUAGUAAGGUUUCAGCAGUGGGAAAUAACCUGAAAGGCAUCAAUAUUCAAGCAAAUCUUUAUCAUGGAGAUCAUGGCUCAUUUCAGAUUAAACAGCACAAACAUCUUAUAUAAAUUCUGUGUUUUACUGAUUAAGACUUUAGUGAAAAUCAUAUUUAUUAUGAGAAUUUUUUAAAAUGUCAAGGUCAUUUUUUUAACUGAAUGACUGAUUUUUUUAAAAUAAACGUUCAUAGCUUUU